AUGCCGCACUACUAUGGCUUGAUCAUUUACUUUGAUGGGGCUUCGAAAAGCAAUCCACAUGGUCCCGCUGGGAGUGGUUGGACGUUGUAUGAGAUGGACCCAGACGGCGACACUGACGGUGAAAGGCUUGCCCAGGGCCAAGAUUACCUUGGCUACAAUAUCUCUAACAAUCAAGCCGAAUACCAUGGUUUGGAAGGAGCUCUCAAAUUCAUGAACAAGAAUGACAUUAGUUGCCAAUAUCUACACAUUCGCGGCGACUCGCAGAUUGUGAUUAAUCAGCUGCAUGGGAAAUAUCAAGUUCGAAGCAAAAACAUCAUCGGCUAUUACAACGCUGUCAUGAAGGAGCUUGCGUCUAUUCAAUGCGGCGCUGCAGAAUAUACCCAUAUUAAUCGCGCUGAAAAUCGAGAAGCCGACGCCAUGGCAAACAACUCGAUUAGGCGCAAACGCUCCAAGUCUGUCUGGGGAUAA